AUGCUCUCCCAUCAGAGUGUCUCACCAGCUAUCUAUGACAACUUUAAUCGUCAUGCCAACCUAAGGCUCUUCCCCCAAGAGCAGACAAACCUGAGCGAAUUAGGUAUCACAAUGCCACCAAAUCAUGCGGCCCGUGUUGGACAGUUCAAGACAUUCACUUUGCCCGAGAAAGUGACAGGGUCUCCUACAGACGUCCAAAUGGGAAAGGAUAUGAUCGACGCGUGGCGCGAGGAUGGUAUCCUGCAGGUUUCAAUGAGUCCUAGACAGCAGGAUCUCUGUGAUAAAGCCUUCACUGCUAGUAGACGAUUCUUUGCAAAGCCUUCCAGCGAAAAAGCUGCUUGUGUGGAUACCCAGAGCUACUCCGGCUAUAUUGCUUCUGGGGAGGAGAUUACAGAUGGGAUUGCUGAUUAUUCAGAGAUAUUUACGGUCACUAAGGAUCUACCCCUAGAUGAGCCUCGAGUACAAGCAAAGUGGCCUUGCCAUGGUCCUUGCCCUUGGCCAGAUGUUGAUAUGAGGACCCCUAUACAAUAUUAUAUGGACUCCUUGGAUAAUAGCGGAGAAACACUGCUACAGCUGAUUGAAUAUGGACUUGGUCUGGAUCCUUCGACUCUGACUUCCUUAACUAAGGAUGGAUGGCACCAUCUCCGUGCCCUUAGGCUCCCUCCAAUGAAUGAUACUAACGGAAGGGGAAAAGAUGGCCGCGGUAUUGGGUCUCAUACGGACUACGGCCUCUUAGUUAUUGCAGCCCAAGAUGAGGUUGGAGGCCUAUUUGUUCGGCCCCCUGCGGCCGAUGAGAAGCCGGAGAAUUGGAAGAAGAGCGCUGCUGGCUUCCGUGAAGACGAUGAAGGAUGGGUCUAUGUACCACCUAUCCCGGGAGUUUUCACAGUAUUCCCAGGGGAUAUGAUGCAGUUUAUGACCGACUCGUACCUACCGUCCACUCCCCACAAGGUUGGUCUUAAUACCCGCGAGUGCUUCGCCUUUGCCUACUUCCAUGAGCCUAGCUUCCAAGCUACGGUCUCCCCAGUUGUGAAGCUUCAUAAUGGUCAGCAUCUGGAUAAUGGCCAGUCUCCAGAUGAGAAAAUCCAUUACGGAACCCACUUCACCAAUAUGUUCAUGAGGAACUAUCCUGAUCGGGUAACAACGAAGAGAAUUCUAAGCGAGGAUCGAUUGAAGUUAUUGGAUCUGCCUGAGCUGAGAACCCAAUAG